AUGGCGUUCGUUCCUUCGGCAUCUGCGUUCUCUUUGCCUCUCCCAUCAUGGCAGCAACCUGCCAGCGUGCGGGUAGCUCGCUAUGAGGCCAAAAAGCGCAAGAAACAUUCUGAUGAUUGGGGAGAUGACCAUGGAGAUGGCGAAGGAGAGACGACGGAUGCUGCGUCGGAAAUAGCGCCUACUGCUCCGUCGCUAACAUUGUCUCCUGAAGAAGCCCAUCAAUAUCGCAUUGCUGGCCUUUCAUUCGACCAAGAAUUACCUGGAGGCCUCUUCCCUCAUGCCCCUGCUAAGAACGAGUCUCUUAAGAAGGAGAACCGUGGCGAUGUCUUGAAAAGUCUCUCUUCCUUGUCUCCUCCAAUAUAUCCUCCACAAUCCAGUGCCUACCAGGGCAACCUUCGACUGCAACAUUUGGCCGUGAUCACUUCCAUUCUGCACCGCUGUCUUCUGCAAGGUGACUACAUCCGUGCCGGAAGAGCCUGGGGACUGAUUCUCCGCGAAGAAUUUGCCGGUUCUCCCAUCGAUGUUCGCACUGAGGGCAGAUGGGGCAUUGGCGCUGAGAUCCUGCUUCGACGUGGCCACCAGGUAGCAGAAAAUGCACCAGGGCUUCAGCCGAAUGGUGACGGACACGAAAGCGGAGGGGGGCAUGUUUCCAGGCCAUACUUUACACGGAAGGGGUUUGAAGAUGCUAAGCAUUAUUACGAGAGGCUUAUUGUACAACACCCGUACCGCAAAUCCGCUCCCGACGCUAUCAGUUCCUUGCAUUUUUACCCGGCAAUGUUUGGUCUGUGGAUAUACGUUGCCCAAGAGGAGAAUAACUUAGCCAGAGAAGAUAUUCACAGUCGCCAUGAAGACUCGCCCGGAGACUUUUCGGAAGAAGAAGAAUUAGGGCAGGGCUUCGACGGCGAAUCCGGAUCUAAGCACAGAAAGGAUCAUCUUAUUACGAGCGUACGAGCGAGGGAACUCGAAGAAGCACAGCAAAUUGCGGCCAGGAUGGAUGAGAUACUUGUCUCUCCCCCGUAUUCGGAUUCUCCUGAGUUGUUGGAGCUCAGGGGUAUGGUAUCGCUCUGGAUUGGAGAUCUCUUUGUGUCAUGUGUCCCAUACCAAGAAGAGGACGAAUAUGACAUUGACGAUCGCAGUUCUGUGAAAGAGGAUGCCGACCAUCUACACGACUCGAUUCAAGCCAGGCGUGAGCGACGGCUUGCAAUGGAAAAAAGACAGUCUGAAAUUCUCAAAUCGAGAGAGUUCUUUGAAAAAGCAAGGCAACGUGGCAGAAGUGUUGCCUCCACAUUGGAACACUUUCACAUUGAUGACAAUGCUUCGAUGGCUUCAUCUGGUAUGGGAUUCUAG